AUGUCGCCUCCGCCGUGCAUCCAGCGAGACGGAGAGUUCUGGUUCCCAGACGGGAACGUGGUCCUCGUGGCGUCCGGAUUUGGUUUCCGCGUCUACCAGGGCCUACUCGCGCGCGACUCUCCGUUCUUCGCGGACUUGUUCUCCCUCCCCCAGCCAAACCACGCCGAGGUCCUCGACGGCUGCCCGAUCGUCCACCUCACCGAUUUCCAUGAGGACCUGCGCAUACUCCUGCGCGUGCAGCUGGGCAGCGGCCGCCCUGACAGCCGACUGCUGGACGGCACGCGCAUCGACUUCGCGACGACAGAUGCGCUCGUUCGCCUCGGGCGCAAGUACCAAAUAGACAACCUGUACAAUGACGCGCUCGGCGUGCUCAAGACGUUCCUUGACAACCAAUAUGCGAGCUGGUACGAGAAGCCGCGCUACCUCGAAUGGAGCCGCUACGGCCUCGACCCCAUCGCCGCCGUGAACCUCGCCCGGCUCACCGACACAUCGUCCGUUCUCCCCAUCGCGAUGUACCUCUGCUGCCAGCUCCGGACAGAGGACCUGCUGCGCGGGACGACGCACCCUGACGGGAGCACACAGCAGCUCUCCCUCGACGACCUCCGACGGUGCGUCGACGCACGCGUGUUCCUCACCCGCGCGAAGGACGGCGCACUGGAGCGAAUAUUCGACCUCUCCCUGUCGAAGGACUGCGCGGACCUCAGCGCAUGCAAGGAACGGCUCGAGUACCGCAUGGCGAUAUACAAGAAGCGCGUCACGGACGGGACGGCAGGGUGGAACGUCGCGGGGCCGUGGCUGCCGUAUGUGUGGCUGAAGGGCUGCUCGUCGGAGAAGGGCUAUGGCGAGCCACCGCUGUGUGCGCAUUGUAUGGCGUUGUUGGAGUCCCAGCACCGCGCGGAGUGCGCGAAGAUUUGGGAGGACCUGCCUAAGCAUUUUGACCUGGAGGUGCCGGAGUAG